GCUUCGGUCAUGAGAAAAAACUAAGAUGGCGUCUCGUCAAGAAAGAUAGGAUGUCCUGAAGAGAGUGAUGAUGCUGGUCGGAAAAUGAUUGAUAACGACAUAACUGAUAAAGUUUGAGACUCUCGUUUACUAUUAAACGAACUUCUACUAUUCAUGUUUUGAACCUGUGUGUUCGACAGAACGGAGUAUAUGGAGAACUGAGCCUGAAAACGGUCAACUUUGCUAGCAGCCAUAGCUAGCCAACUGGACCGAGCACAGCUGGCCAACGUUAGCUAACCACUAGUCAUCACAACAACAGAGGAAGGAGAGCGGCCACCAGCCCUAUCAUACCCCGGGACAUCGAGGUGUCUUCGGGGCAAUGGAAGGGGAAGAGUUCGUACCUCCUCCGGAGUGUCCAGUGUUUGAGCCAUCAUGGGAGGAGUUUCACGAUCCCCUGGGCUACAUCGCCAAGAUACGUCCAAUUGCAGAGAAGUCUGGAAUCUGUAAAAUUCGACCUCCACCAGACUGGCAACCACCAUUUUCAGUAGAGCUGGAUAGCUUCCGCUUCACACCCCGCAUCCAGAGGCUUAAUGAGUUGGAGGCAGAGACCAGAGUGAAGCUUAAUUAUUUGGACCGCAUCGCCAGAUUUUGGGAGAUCCAGGCAUCCUCCUUGAAAAUCCCACAUAUUGAAAGGCGCAUCCUUGAUCUUUUCAGCCUGUCAAAGAUUGUGACAGAUGAAGGAGGUUUUGAGAUGGUCUGUAAGGAACGGCGUUGGGCUCGUGUGGCCCAGAGGCUUGGCUACCCUCCAGGCAAGAACAUUGGUUCUCUGCUGCGGUCGCACUAUGAGAGGAUCGUCUACCCAUUUGAAAUGUUCCAGUCUGGUGCCAGCAUGCCGCAUUGCAAGCCAAAGCACUAUGAUGGUGAGGAUGUGGAUAAAGAGUACAAGCCCCACUCCAUCCCCCUGCGUCAGUCUGUGCAGCCAUCCAAAAUGAGCAGUUACGGACGCAGAGCAAACCGCUGCCAGCCUGAUGGUCCAGAGGAUCUGGUCCCCCAUCCUCUCACCACUGGCUCUCAACUCAUCUCUGCGCCUGAACCUACAGAGGAAGACAUAGAGAAGAACCCAGAACUGAAGAAACUACAGAUCUAUGGCGCAGGGCCUAAGAUGAUGGGACUUGGACUGGUGGCAAGGGACAAAGGCAUCAGGAAGAAAGAUGAGCUGCCUCAAACGGUUACCAUCAAGGAGAAUGUGUCUCUUGCUCCUGUUGAUACCUCAGUCAAAGCGGAGACACUGGAGCCACAAGAGAGCCAGAGUGACGGGAGUACAUCUAGCCCCCAACCGCCUCCCCUUAGCAUCACUGUUAAGACAGAAGUGAAGAAAGCAGAACCAGAGGAAAAGGAUGGGAAAAAGAACAAUGAGGAGGAAAAUGAUACAGAUAGACCUUGUACCAAAAUGACCAUGAGGCUUAGACGCAACAUCAACAACCCGCAGUGUGUGGAUUCUUUUGUAUGCCGGAUGUGUGGUCGGGGAGAUGAAGACGAGAAACUCUUGCUGUGUGAUGGCUGUGAUGAUAACUACCACACCUACUGUCUACUACCCCCACUCACUGAUGCUCCCAAAGGCAAUUGGCGAUGCCCUAAGUGUGUGGCAGAGGAGUGCAAAAAACCUGCAGAAGCAUUUGGCUUUGAACAGGCUACACGAGAGUAUAGUCUGCAGAGUUUUGGGGAAAUGGCGGAUGCCUUCAAGGCAGAUUACUUCAACAUGCCUGUCCAUAUGGUUCCCACUGAGCUUGUGGAGAGAGAGUUUUGGAGGUUAGUCAGUAGUAUCGAGGAAGACGUAACCGUUGAGUAUGGAGCGGACAUACACUCCAAAGAGUUUGGCAGUGGCUUCCCGAUGAACAAUGGCAAGAGGAAGCUCACAAAGGAAGAGGAGGAAUAUGCCCGCAGUGGCUGGAACUUGAAUGUGAUGCCCGUGCUGGAGCAGUCACUCCUGUGCCAUAUUAAUGGAGACAUCUCUGGGAUGAAGGUGCCCUGGCUUUAUGUAGGCAUGGUGUUCUCAGCUUUCUGUUGGCACAUUGAGGAUCACUGGAGCUACUCCAUCAACUACCUGCACUGGGGUGAACCCAAGACUUGGUAUGGGGUUCCCUCUGUGGCAGCUGAGCGACUUGAGGAGGUGAUGAAGAAGCUGACGCCAGAGCUGUUUGAGUAUCAACCUGACCUCCUGCACCAGCUAGUCACCAUCAUGAACCCCAAUAUCCUCAUGUCUCAUGGUGUACCGGUUGUACGUACCAACCAGUGUGCUGGUGAGUUCGUCAUCACCUUCCCCAGAGCCUACCACAGUGGCUUUAAUCAGGGGUAUAACUUUGCUGAAGCUGUUAACUUCUGCACUGCAGACUGGCUGCCUGCUGGCCGUUCCUGUAUUGAGCACUACAGGCGUCUAAGGAGGUAUUGUGUAUUCUCCCAUGAGGAGCUCACCUGUAAAAUGGCUGCCAGCCCAGAGAAACUAGACCUCAACCUGGCUGCAGCUACACACCGGGAAAUGUUCAUUAUUGUUCAGGAGGAGAGGAAGCUGCGGAAGGGUCUGAUGGAAAGGGGCAUUACUGAAGCAGAGCGUGAGGCAUUUGAGCUGCUGCCUGACGAUGAGAGACAGUGUGAUAAAUGUAAGACCACAUGCUUCCUUUCUGCUCUGGCCUGCUCAAACUGUCCCGAGAGUCUGGUGUGUCUCUAUCACACUCAGGAUCUGUGCAACUGCCCCACUGAAAAACUCUACCUCAGGUAUAGAUAUACCCUGGAUGAGUUGUUAGCCAUGUUACACCGGUUAAAGGUUCGGUCCGAGUCCUUUGAUUCCUGGGCCAACAGAGUAAAAGAGGCACUUGAGCAGGAAGAGGGAAACAAGAUAGGAAUUGAUGACCUGGAGAUGCUGAAGACAGAAGCAGCGGAAAAAAAGUUUCCCAACAACGAACUCCUGCGAAAGCUCAACACCGUUCUUAAAGACAUAGAACACUGCCAACAGACAAGUACUGAACUCCUCAGUAACUCAAAGACCAGUGAAAGUAAGAUGACUUUGGCAGAGCUGAAGUCCUUAGUAGAGAUGAUGCAAAACCUGCCCUGUGUGAUGAACCAGUUGGAGGAAGUACAGGCGGUUCUGCAGACAGUGGAGGAUUUCCAGAGCCGGGCUCAAGUACUGGUCAAUGUCAGGGACUGGAGGAGGGAUUCUCCACUACCUGAGCAGUUGCAGACUUUGUUGGAGCAGGGGGCCAAGCUGCCUGUUGUGGUGCCGGAGUGUAAUUUACUCCAGGGCCUAAAGGAGCAGGGACAUUGGCUGGCAGAGGUGAGGCGCACCCUGGGCACAGAAGGAGGGGAGAGGCAGGAGGUGACGUUGGAUGUGCUGAGGAACCUGAUGGAAGCAGGCUGCAACGUGCCCCAGAGUGUGUCUGUGGAGACGGCCAUGGCAGAGCUUCAGGAGCUGCUCACAAUUGCAGAACGUUGGGAAGAGAAAGCACAGAUCUGCCUCGAACAAAGGCAAAAGCACCCUCUCUCUACCCUGGAGGCAAUAGUAAAUGAGGCCCAGCUUAUUCCAGUCAAGCUGCCCAACAUUCUGGCUCUACAGGGCUGUCUCACUCGAGCACAGGCCUGGGUAACAGACCUAGAGGAAAUCCAGAAUGGGGAGCAUUACCCAUGUCUGGAUGACCUAGAGGGCCUGGUGGCUAUUGGACGGGACUUGCCAGUCUUCAUGGAGGAGCUAAGACAGCUGGAACUGCAGGUAGCCAGCGCUCACUCUUGGAGGGACAAGGCCAGCAAGACCUUCCUGAAGAAGAGCAGUCCACACAGUCUGCUAGAGGUAUUAUGUCCGUGUGCAAAAAGGAGAGAGGGGCGAGAUAAGACAGAGACGCUGGAUGAGCCUUUAGAUGAUUCUGAUAACAACACUCUGGGCCUCUCCGCUCAGGACCUGAGGGACCCUGCAGCUAUUGUGAUGGCAUUCAAAGAAGGGGAGCACCAGGAGAAGGAGGCACUACUGAGGUUACAGAAAUUGAACAUGUGUAAAUCUGGAUUUAACACUGCAAGUUACAAGGAGAAUGGGAGGUGGGAAGACACCAUGGAGACAGACACAUCCAGCCACUCAGAGAACUCUGUGAAAGAGAACGGUAACAGUAACCACACCUGUACCACCCCUCCUCAGUCAGUGUGUGUGUGCGCUUCUCAGCCUCGUGCCCCUCAACUCCGCUGCCAUCUGUGUAAGGACUGGUUCCAUGGUGGCUGUGUUCCUUUCCCCUCCCUGCUCCCUUCCUCUGGACCACCAGUGAACCCCCUCUGCUGGUGGGACUGGGACUCGCGCUUCUUGUGUCCGCGAUGCCAGCGGUCACGGCGCCCACGCCUGGAGACUAUCCUGGCGUUACUUGUUGCCCUGCAGAGGCUGCCAGUGCGUCUGCCUGAGGGAGAAGCACUGCAGUGUCUCACAGAGAGGGCCAUCACCUGGCAGGGCCGAGCCAAGGAGGCGCUGGAGACACCGGAGCUGCAGCAGGCACUUGAGAGGCUGCAAGAACUCAAAAAGACUCUCCAUUGUGAAACAGAGAAAGAGGAAAACAUGGAAAAGGGGACAGAAGGGAGCUCAGUGAUUGUUUUAUCAGACUCCGAGGGAGGGGAAGGAGAGGAGGGAGUCAUUGAUCUGACAGAGGAGAGUUCACCUAAAAAGAAUGCCAAGGAAAACAACGGCACUCAGGCUCGAUGUGAGAAUGGUAUCGGCAACAAGUCAAAUGUUACAGGUGUGGGGUUCCUGCUGCCCCUGCUACCUUUGCUAAAAGGCCAGGUAGUGGAGCUUUCACCAGCCACCAGGGUCCAACUGGAGCAACUGCAGCUGGAAGGAGAUCUACUGGAGGUGUCCUUGGACCAGACACUCCUCAUCCACAGAGUCCUGCAAGCUGCCUCUGUUCCAUCCAGAGAAACACUGCACACACUCAUUCAGAUUGAGCUUGAAGAGCAGAGGCGAACCAGCCGUGGACGAGCCAAGGACUCCAAAAGGAAGAGAAAGAGCCACAGAGGUGGCAGUGGGGAAGGGGCAGGAGAAAGGUCACUGGAUGCCUCAGAGUCAAAGAAAACCUGUCCCCUCAGCCACAGCCCCUCCCCUCACUUACCUGUCCAGACCCAUCCAGAGAUUUUGUGAUGUAGUCAACGCUGGAGCUCCAUUUAAAUGGAUUAGUCAGAGGAAUUGAAGGGACAGAGCAUUCUGUGCCAGAAGACAGUGUCAAGUUAUAGAAAGAUGCAGGACAUCCCCCCCACCCACACAUCCCCACCCUACGUCCCUUCUCAUCCCUCAUUCAUGUAUUCAGACACUAACUGAGCGAUGACUCUUCUUCUACACUCCACUGUCUCAUCCAAAACUCAGCCAUAUCUCAUCCAUCAUGUUUUUUUCAGACUCGCUGUCUUACCCAAACUUUAUUGUCCACUUUCCCUGGACCCAUUUUUUCCUGUGAACAUAUUAAGACUGUGUUGGACCGAUGUUGGAUUACCGCAAUAGGAGUGUCUUUGGUCUAGAGUUGUCUCUGAGGUCAGUCAGUAUGCUACGUUAUCCCAACUGUAUUAAAUGCUAGUUCAACCGAAGCCUGUCUCAGCACCGGCAGUUGCAGUUUCAUUUAACUUAAGCCCACUCAUUGAAGUUGGAUAAGCUAUGGGUUUAUUUAGACAGUUGUUUGGGCAUGAAUCCUGAAGCUGAGGUACAGCAGAAGAUUUUGACAGCUGAUCUGAGACAACAGCACCGUGGUUACACUUGUAUUUUUUUAGUUGUAUUGAAUUUUGUGUUUGAUGCUGUUUUGAGGGGACAUGCAUUUUGAAUAAUUGGGAGUACAUUUUGGGAAGUGUUAAAAACAGGCAUUCAUGUUUUUGGUGCUACUUUCCCAAAAUGGAUAUCUGUACCUCUUGGCUUUGUCUUUCUCCUUCCUUCCCUCCCAUUGAUGCCUUUUUGUUUCUUUCUUCCUUUUUUUUUUUUAGCGCCCAUCCUUUUGACUCGAUGUUUUAUUCCUUUCAAUUUGACCGCUUUUUCUCCCUCCCUCGUUUUCUCUCUUUGAAAAUUAAGGUAACUUCACUGUAACUCACUUUGUCACAAUUUAUUUUGUUUCCUGGGUUAAAAUUAUAUUAUUAUUAUUAUUAUUAUUAUUAUUAUUAUUGAUAUUGCAGACACACAGUUGUCGUGAGUUUGUGUAUAAACUUUUCAUUUUAAUGUUGCCUUUGUUUCUUUUCACUCUUGUUAGAAAAAUAAAGGUUUAGAAUUGUU